AUGGACACGUCCACCGAUGAAAUCAUCAAAGAAGUCCCCGGUUUGGUUCGUAUAUUCAAAGACGGUCGAAUCCAGAAACUUUACGUACCCAAUAUUGUUCCCGCCGGCAUCGAUCCUUCCUCCGGCGUCAUUUCAAAAGACGUCGUGAUUUCACAGGAAGUCAACAUCUCUGCUAGGCUUUACAUCCCAAAACCCACAAACUCCCACCAAAAACUCCCGCUUUUAAUCUUCUUUCACGGCGGUGGAUUCGUCAUCGAAACCACCACCUCCUCCAUGUACCACAACUUCCUCAACCUUGUCGUUUCAGAAUCCAACGUCGUCGCCGUCUCCGUCGACUACAGACUAGCGCCGGAGUUUCCCCUCCCGAUUGCCUAUGAAGACUCAUGGGAAGCGAUCAAGUGGGUCGCGGAGCAUGUCAACGGGAAUGGUCCAGAGCCGUGGUUGAACGAAUACGCCGAUCUUCAAAACAUCUUCAUCGCUGGCGACAGUGCCGGAGGUUAUAUAGCCCACCACAUGGCGAUCCGGGUCGGAUCGGAUACCCCAUCCGGUUUAAGGUUCCAGGGUGCUAUCUUGCUUCACCCGUAUUUCUGGGGGAAAGAACGGGUGGGUGACGAGUCCGAUUGGAUUAAACCCGAAAUGGUUGCUUACUUGGAUGGCUUGUGGGCAUUGGCUCACCCGGGAAGUAGCGGACCGGAUGACCCGUUGAUUAACCCGGAUAUGGAUCCAAGAGUAACGGGUAUCGGUUGCUCCAAGAUGCUGGUUUGUAUCGGUGGAAAUGAUUUUAUGAGGGCUAGGGAUUGGAAUUACAAAGCAGUGAUUGAAAAAAGUGGAUGGAAAGGAAAAUUAGAAGUGGCAGAGGACAAAGGGGAGGAACAUGUGUUUUUCCUAAAAAACUCUUCGGCUGCAAAUGCUUGUACUUUACGAGCCAGAAUCUUUACAUUCAUAAAUGAGGUCUGA